AUGUCCACCUCGCUGCGUUCGCCGUCCUCUGCAUUGUUUACCUCUCCCCUUCAGGUUACCCGCCUCUCUCUUUGCCGGUGCAUGCUCGUAGAUCGAUAUCUAUCAUUUGUUUCCCCCGUGGAUUCGCUGACGAAUCUUCCACCGAUGAGUGGACAUUUGAAUUAUUGACUGGAAUCCGAGCAGGCGAGGAGGAGCACCUUGCCGAGACCAUCGCCGCCGUCCUUUUUCCUCCAACUCCGCAAGUCCUUUCCGAUAAUCAGGGCCUCCACAGCUGGGAACGCGUCAUCGGUUGGUACCGGUGGGUGGUGAUUUCGUCUUCUGGUUCUCUGGUUUCUGGAUUUUCGUUCUUUCUCUCUUUCCAUUUUUGUAAUGAAUAUAUUUUUUACGUGUUGUUGCGAGAUCCAGAAUUAAGCACCGAAUUGGACGCUGUAUCGGCAUUCAGCGAGAUUGUUCCAGAUACCGUCAUCUUCGACGACUUCGAGAGGCAAUCUUCUGCGUUUUAUUUUUUUCCUUCUAUUUUUCCAUUUCAUCUGCUUCAUAGUUAGUGAAAAGUGAACAGCGGCCUCCGUUUCACUUACUUACGUGCUAUGUAGGUUUCCUCCAACUGCUGCCACGGUUAGCUCGUCACUGAUUCUUGGAAUCUCUGGCCUUCCUGACACUAAGUUUAAGGUGAGGAAAGAUGGAAUCGGGUAUUCAUCUGAUAAAGACACAUGCAUGUUGCCUUUUUCUUGUUUUUACAUUUUUUGGAUUAUGAGCUUACUAUUGGGAGACGGUUGACGAGAGGAAAGUUGUGCUGUAGAGUGCUAUUGAGACUGCUCUGGCUGAUGGUGAAUGCUAUGGACAAGAGGAUCCCCAAACCCGGUUGUCCUGCUUUUUUAAUAAGGUUUUUUUUUGUAAUUUAUCGUUAAUCCUGGGUUGCAACUAAUUAUUCAGUUGUUUUCUUGGGUUCCUCUUGACCUCAUGCUUUGCAUCCUGUAAUGCAGGCUUUGGUGAAUGUUGGAGCAGAUUUAGCAAGACUUGUCCCUGGUCGGGUCUCUACCGAGGUUGAUGCUCGUUUAGCAUAUGACACUGACGCAAUCGUUGGAAAGGUAUCAGAACCUGUACUCAGAUGAAUUCCACUUGCUUAAUGAAUUUAAGAAUAUGUGUUGACAUUAUGCUUUGUCGGCUGUUUCUGUUGUUUAUUAACUCUUUAUCUUGUUGGUAUUGAAUAACAUAACUUUUUAACAGAAAAGUUUUAGUUCACCUGUGUCCCGUGUGGGAUAACAGAAAUUUUUAACCAUGACAGCUGAUCCAAGUCAUCAUGUCACUGAAUUUUUAGUUCAAAGAGAAAUCAUGUGGUAGCACACAGAAGAGAGUAUGACAUGCCCUUUUGCUGGAUUUCUUUGCAAGUGGAUGAUGUCUGAUAUGUUAAAAGAAGAUUAUGAGGAUGUAUGCCUUUUUUUAUUAGUUUGCAGCAUAGAUUAAUCUUCCUUUUGCUAAGGCCCAAGAAACUGGCGACCAUGCAGAUGAACCCGAAGAGGAUUGACGUCCUUGAUGUGAGUCAGAUGGUUUCCACGACAGGAUUCAUUUUGAGCACCAAUCCCUGGGUGAAACGACAGGAUUCAUUCUGAGUUCAUAGUGGACUAAUCAAAAUGGGCUUCAUGAGAGAACUGAUUUUCUGCAUUCACCCUUUGGUGAAGUGUUUAUUUUCAUCUUGGUGCUCCCACGCCCUAAUGGCCGUCUAAACUUCAUUGUCUACCAUUGUAAAUCCUAGGACGCACACUUAAUUACUGAAUUUGUAAAUUAACUAUUAUCUUAACGUAUGCCUUUAAUGUGGGGGUUUGAUCUAACAGUUUUGUCAAAGGGACAACAUGCAUGGACUUUACAGCUUGUUCGUAACUUUCUAUCUGAUUGCUACCUUUUGUGAACUAAGAAAAGUUUACAUUAUAGUCCAAGCCUACCUUUGAAGUACGAUUUAUCUUAUUUUGAUGUUUGUUAUCACCUGUGUAUUUCCUCUUCAGAUACUGCUAAAGGGAGAAAGAAAGUAGAAAACCGCCUCGUCUUUGGAUUUAUUGCACACGUUAGCCAAAACUCCAGCCUCCACACCUUUCUUUGCAUUUUUAUUUCUAUAAACUGUGCUGCCCUCUUAAUCCUAUUCUUGAGUCUUGGCAUGAAAUACUGCUGAUAACUGCUAUUUGCGUGAUUUUUGAAUUUUUUUUAGGAUAUGAACUAUGUACUUCAUGGAUAAAGAACUAGAGAAAUGGAACAACGUUCAUGGUAAUAUCAAUAAAUGAGAUUCACUUCUGGUGGUGUGAUUGGAGAUUUCUGUAUAACUUUCCAGGUGCACGAACUGGUAAAGUUAUAUGCUGAAGUAGAGGUUUCACGAGACCGUCUUCUCUUCAAAAUUCCUUCAACUUGGCAAGUAAGAAAUAUGACUAAGAGAAAACAGAAAGAGAUACUUCGUUUUCCAUUCACAUAAUUUGUUUUAUUUUUCUUGCGUAAGGGUAUCGAAGCUUCUAGGCUGCUGGAAUCCGAGGGCAUACAAACACACUUGACUUUUGUGUAUAGGUACUCGUGUUUCCUUAUUCUGCUGUUGAUGGUUCCGAUGUUUCUCGGUUGUGUUGUGCGGCUAUGUUCUUGAUUAUGCCAUUCAACGAACUAUACAAUUCCUGCGUUUCUUAGAACAUAUAGCAUAUCUUAGAACUUCUACUAUUGUUAAAAGAAAGCACGGACAGAGCUUCUCUUCCCGGUUUCGAUUGAACACGCCUUCCAAAAUAAACACAUUUCAAUCCUUCUUAUUGGAGUUGUAUUGGAUUUUCAGAGAUACUUACCUGGGUUUUGCAUUAUUUCAUCUUGUUUCACUCUUGUACUUCGUUCGUUCCUGGAUGUGUGCAGAUAGACCUAUAAAAUUAUCCACCUAUUUGUGUGCUUUCAUUUUCACUAUGAACGGCUAUUGAAAAUCAUGAAGAAAUUCCGUCUGUUUCAUCCCAUUGAGUGCUUCCGCACUCGUGAAUUGGUUGAGGUUAUAAUGUACGAUUAGAAUGGCUUCGGAAUCCUUCAAGAGAAUGAUCUUUGUUCCAUUUUCUUUACACUUUAGUGUCUCAUGACUGAUUUUCUCGCUCAUAUCCCACUUCUGUUGUGUUAAAAUACGGAUCUAAUGUGCGAAAUACAUGAAAAUAAAUACUAUAAUUAGAAGAGCUAUAACUUUCCCUGCUUCUGCUUUGAUCUUGUUUAUUAUUUAGUUUUGGCGUGUUAUGUUAUUUAUACAUGUUGAGAAUAUUCUCACCUUCGUAGGUGAGAUGAAGAAUAAAAUAGGAAGAGAAAGUGAUUUCAUUUUAACAAGUGAAAAUCAUCCCUCGUCCGUCAGUGCUACAUAUUCGGCCAAAAGAUUUCAUGCACACAGAUGAAUUGCUGAGCUAUCAGCAAUUCAAGAGACUUUCUCUGGUAGAUGAUGAUGUCUUUAGAGUAUCAGAAAAUGCCUUGCGUUGAGAAAUCUCGGUAUAGAGUCAAGAGGCUUAUUCCCCGGCUCUCUGAUCGUCUUACUUUGCAGCUUCCCUCAAGCCGCGGCUGCUGCUCAGGCUGGGGCUUCUGUCAUCCAGAUUUUCGUUGGCCGAGUCAGGGUACAAUCUUCUACUGAUUUUUUUAUUUAAUCAAUACAUCAAAAAUAGAUAUUAUAAGAAGAGAAAGUUAGAACAGGAUUGGGCUCGCACUCACUCUGGAGAUCCUGAGAUUGAGGCUGCACGCAAGAAAGGAGAUGAUCCUGGACUGUCCUUGGUAAGUUAUUUGCUUUCAUGCAGGAUGUUUUUGUUCGUGCUCUUGGUCAGAACCUCCCUGCUAUCUAUGAUUGAUUGAUUAAUUAAGUUUACGAGUCAAUUAUUAUCUAUUAAAGAGUUUUGAUGAUCAAGGCUUCCGAGCUUCGGUUUCAUAGGAACAUGACCAGAAAUGGAAAAUUAACUUUGAAAAUUAAGAUGAUCGGUGCAUUGGAUACGAUAUCUUUUCCUGAGCCGGCACCAUUCCCAAGUCAGCUUGACUUUUUUAAGGGAGAUUACUUACACAUUCAGGUGACCAAAACGUACAAUUACAUCCACAAAUACGGGCAUAAGUCAAAGCUGAUGGCGGCAGCCGUCCGCAACAAGCAGGACGUAUUCAGCCUCCUGGGGUAAGUUUCUUGCUGCUUCCGGUAAUGUCUUCAUCUGGGUCAUCAGUGUAACUUUGUCCGGCCUUCAGGGUUGACUAUAUCAUUGCACCCCUGAAGAUUCUGCAGUCGCUGAAGGAAUCUGUUACCUAUCCCGACGAAAAGUACUCCUUUGUGAGACGAUUGUCCCCGAGCUCUGCCAAGAUCUACGAUUUCACCGACGAAGAGGUAACACUCAGCCCUGGUUGCAUGAAAUCCCCCGUUCUCUUACAUUUAUGAUGUCAUAAAUCUAUGAGUGAGAGAGAGAGAGAGCCACCCAGAUCUCCCUCCCUCCCUCCCUCUCUCUCUCUCUCUCUCUCGCUACCUCCCAUUCGCGAUUGCAUGAAAUACGUCAUUCCCUUCCAUUUAUGAUGUCAUAAAUAUAUGAAGAGAGAGAGAGAGAGCCACCUCUCUUUCUCUCUUUCGGUGAGAGAAGGUGAGAUCUGGGUGGAGAGCUGUCGAUUGAAAACUCAUGAUCUGAGCGUGGAUGCAGCUGGUGAAGUGGAACCAGCUGAGCUUCGCGUCGGCGAUGGGGCCCGCGGCGGAGGAACUCCUCUCCACGGGGUUGGAAGGCUACGUGGCGCAGACGAAGAGGGUGGAGGAGUUCCUGGGGAAGAUCUGGCCGCCGCCAAAUGUCUAA